GUCGUCACUCAUGGCUGCGACAGAGGAUUCGCUAGCGGUCGUCGGAGGAGGCUUGGUGGGAUCACUAUGUGCCUGCCUUCUCGGAAACCGUGGAUUCCAAGUUGACCUCUACGAAUCCAGAGAAGAUAUCCGUCUACAGGAGCAUGUGACGGGUCGCAGCAUCAACCUGGCGCUGUCCGUGCGCGGCCGUGCCGCCUUGGCGUUGGUGGGACUGGAGGAGGAAGUGAUCCAGCGGCACGCCAUCCCCAUGCACGGCCGCCUCAUUCACAACACGGACGGCACACGAAAGCCCAUCCCGUACGGCAGGAAGGGACAGAGUAUAUUCUCCGUGGGCCGCCGCUACUUGAACGAGGUCCUUCUUUCUGCUUGUGAAGCGAACCCCAACGUUCGGCUGCAUUUCCGGCACAAGCUGCAGUCGGCCGACCUGGACCAGGCGGAACUGAACUUCCGCGGCCCCGACGGCAAGGAUGUCCGCGUUCACCAUCGUGCGGUGUUCGGCUGCGACGGUGCCUACUCGGCGGUGAGGCGCCAGAUGCUCCGCCGUCCCAUGUUCAACUACUCGCAGACCUACAUUCCUCACGGCUACCUCGAGCUCUGCAUACCGCCAACAAAGGACGGACAGUUUGCCAUGGAGGUGAACUACCUGCACAUCUGGCCCCGUGGCGAGUUCAUGCUGAUCGCACUGCCCAACCAGGACAAGACGUACACGGCGACGCUGUUCAUGCCUUUCGCCGUGUUCGACGGACUCACCGACCGACACAAGCUGCUGAGCUUCUUCGACAAGUACUUCCCGGACGCCGUGCCUCUCAUUGGACAGGACCACCUGGUCAAGAGCUUCUUUGCUGUGAAGGCAUCGCCUAUGGUCAUGGUCAAGUGCAAGCCAUACAACGUCUCCGACAAAUCCUUGAUCCUUGGGGACGCGGCGCACGCCAUGGUUCCCUUCUACGGCCAGGGGAUGAACGCGGGAUUCGAGGACUGUUGUCUUCUUAAUGAACUUCUGGAUGCCCACGGCCACAACUUGAGCGCCAUCUUUGACGAAUUCUCCGAGACGAGGAAUCCGGACGUGGAGGCUAUGUGUGACCUGGCUCUUUACAACUACGUCGAGAUGCGCCACCUGGUGAACUCAACUUCGUUCCUGAUACGUAAGAAGUUCGACCUCUUCCUGAACACCAUCCUGCCGAACUUCUGGAUACCACUCUACACUACGGUUACAUUUUCAAGGAUUAGGUAUCACGAAUGCGUCAAGAACAGAGCGUGGCAAGACAAGGUACUGUCUCGCAUCAUGAACGGCACCUUGGUGAGCGUCGUUGUCGCAGGGCUGGCGGUCGGCUUCAAGUGGAUUCAGAUGUACGGCUUCAAGUGGAUUCAGGUGUACGGCUUCAAGUGGCUUCAGAUGUAAUCACGUCAACUUGUCAAACGCUCGACUUCGUCACAACGGAGACCUGCGCAAAGGGACUUGCAUUGCUCAAUCGAUACCUUAGUCUGAGCUAGUUGGUUUGUUACUAUAAGGACACUGUUAUAACGAAUACUUGCAUGCCGUGAAAGAAGAAGAAAAAACGUUGCAGAGGAUUCCUGAGCAUAUAUAUACCCGCUGUGUGGUCGUGGGUAUAGCGCUUGAGUGCUGCCUGAAGGUCGCGGGAUCGAAUUCCGGCCGCGGCGGCCGCAUUUCGAUGGAGGCGAAAUGCUAGAGGCCCGUGUACUUAGAUUUGGAUGCACGUUACAGAACGUCCAGAGUCGUCCACUAUGGCACCUCUCAUAAUCAUAUCGUGGUUUUGGAACGUAAAACCCCAACAAUCGUUGUUAAGCUUGAUUUGUAAGAUAUAAAAAAAAUGCGUCUCGUGAAGAGUUGACGCUUAUGUAAGCCACAGAAAUGACGCAAAAUCGAAAAGACAAGGCGAGGCGAGGCAGUAUUGUAGUAUACCCACAUUGUAAGCACAGUGUAUGUGACGUCCUUGAUUUUGUGGACACCUGCAGGUACGGCUACUUAAUUGUUUGCCAGUUAUGGAAGGAUUUUUGAGGAACUGAAGACUCAAUUAACUUUAAGUUCUUGCCCUCGCAAAAGUAGCAGAAAUGCGAGAAGCAAGACCCGUGAUAUAUGUUGCUGACGUACUGCUCGGGCGCGGUUCUCUAGAAGAAAAACUGUGCAUUUUACACGCUGGUAGAUUGCCCUAUAUUUUCGCCAAAUAAAGGCAUAUUGAAUUUUCAAAGCA